AUGUCGUACGAAAUCUCAACAGGACAUAAAGAUAGUGAUGACAAAAGUCUGGAGACAAAGGAUAAAGAUAAAUAUAUGGAAGAAAAAGACAAAAAUGCGAUAAUUGCUGGUUUGCAGCAACUUCGUGAACAGCAAAAAAAUAUUGUUUUGGAAUUAACGCGAGUAGAAGACGAUAAACGUGAGCAUGAACGUGUCCUGCAAGUGCUGAAAAAAAUGGAAGGUGAUAGAAAGUGCUUUCGAAUGAUAGGCACGACAUUAGUGCAACAUGAAAUUAGAACUGUACUGCCUAUAUUGGAAUCAACAUUAGAAAAUCUGGAUGCAUUAGUGAAUUCAAUGAAGGAUAAUUUGAUAGACAAAGGGAAAGAAUUGCAGGAAUAUACGGAAAAACAUAAAAUUCGUUAUAUCAGUGAGAAAGAAUUCAGGGAGGAAUCUGAACGUAACAUGGUGAAGAAAUAA